AUGGCGAUGUUAGUUGAGCCACCAAAUGGGAUCAAACAACAAGGGAAACAUUACUACUCUAUGUGGCAAACAUUGUUCGAAAUCGAUACUAAGUAUGUUCCAAUUAAACCUAUUGGAAGAGGAGCUUAUGGUGUGGUUUGUUCUUCGAUUAAUCGAGAGACUAACGAGAGAGUUGCUAUUAAAAAGAUUCACAAUGUGUUUGAGAAUCGAGUUGAUGCUUUGAGGACUUUGAGGGAACUCAAACUUCUUAGGCAUGUUAGGCACGAUAAUGUUAUCGCGCUUAAAGAUGUUAUGUUGCCUUCGAAUAGAUCGGGUUUCAAAGAUGUUUAUUUGGUUUAUGAGCUAAUGGAUACUGAUCUUCAUCAGAUCAUCAAAUCAUCCCAGUCUCUUUCUGAUGAUCACUGCAAAUACUUUUUGUUUCAGUUGCUAAGAGGAUUGAAGUAUCUUCACUCGGCAAAUAUCCUUCACAGGGAUUUGAAACCUGGUAACCUUUUGGUCAACGCUAAUUGCGAUCUCAAGAUUUGUGAUUUCGGGUUGGCGAGAACGAGCAUAGGCAAUGAACAGUUCAUGACCGAGUAUGUGGUUACACGUUGGUACAGAGCACCCGAGCUUCUUCUAUGCUGUGAUAACUACGGAACCUCUAUUGAUGUCUGGUCAGUCGGAUGCAUAUUCGCCGAGAUUCUUGGUAGAAAACCGAUUUUCCCGGGAACAGAAUGCCUGAAUCAGCUUAAGCUAAUCAUCAAUGUGGUUGGUAGCCAACAAGAAUCUGAUAUUCGGUUCAUAGACAACCCGAAAGCCCGAAGAUUUAUAAAGUCUCUUCCUUUCUCAAGAGGAACUCAUCUCUCCAAUCUCUACCCGCAAGCCAAUCCUCUAGCAAUAGAUUUGCUACAGAGAAUGCUCGUGUUCGAUCCAACCAAGAGAAUCUCUGUAACCGAUGCACUCUUGCACCCUUACAUGGCGGGGCUGUUUGAUCCUGGAUCCAAUCCGCCUGCACAUGUCCCGAUCUCUUUGGACAUAGAUGAGAACAUGGAGGAACGAAUGAUCAGAGAGAUGAUGUUGGAGGAAAUGCUUUAUUACCACCCUGAAGCUGAAACCGCAAACACCUAG